AUUUGGUAAAGAUAAACUGUAGUCGCUCAUAAUUAAUUAUCGGCUAAGCUUCAUCGGCCUUUUGCUUCUUCUUCCACCCAAAUAAAACUUCAGGUACCGAAGCUAAAUUAAAAUUCAUUAGGGUUCUUCUUUCCUUACAUCGCUGUAAUUUUCGUUUCCUUCUUCUUCUUUAGUUUUAAUUUCAGGGUAGAUAUGGAGAUUGAGAGUCACGUUUCAGUCCCUGGGAAGAAUCUAGUUAAAGUAGAGUUCAAGCUUGGGACAGAGAGCUACACAAUUGAUUCAAUCAAGGGUGAUACUGUAUUGGACCAAUUGGUUUCGAUGAAAGAAGAAAGUAUGAAGAUACUUAAGGAUUUUAUCACAAAGCAUAAUGUUCCAGAUGAUGAUGUCCCUGACCAAAUCUUGUCUGAUGAUGAAGAAGGUGAUGAUGAUGAUGCUUCUCCUGUAAUAUGUCCUGUGAAACCACCCAAGAAGACAAAGAUUUGAGUUUUUCCUUUUGCUUAUCACUUGCUGUCUUGUCUUUUUUCCAUUGAUGUUGCUUAGAUUUUGAACCUUUGUUCAAAUUUUCUGUUUGUGGAACAGUUCUGUUUAUCUAAAGAAGAAUAUGAGGACUUGGGUUAAGUUAUGUUCAAAUGUUUGCAUCUGCUAGGUGGAAUUUAG